GAGCUCUAUCAGAAGGUUGCUCUGCCUUGCUUUCAUAGUCUCUUUCUGUAAGUGCUGUCACUCACUCACUCAGAGGUGACAAUGGCGACUCCGUGCUAUGUGUGGUUGUGGUUAUUGGUCACUUUAAUUGUGACAAAGGCCGUAGUACCUCAGGUAAUGGCAGAUGGGCCUGUGACAUUUAUUUUCGGGGACUCAUUAACAGAUGUUGGGAACAACAAUUACCUUCAAUUCUCUCUUGCCAAGUCUAAUUUUCCUUGGUAUGGAGUUGAUUACCCAGGGGGCCGACCCACCGGAAGAUUCACUAAUGGAAGAACAAUUGGUGAUAUCGUAGCUGAGAAGCUGGGGAUUCCAUCGCCUCCACCUUAUCUCUCAUUGUCUCCAAGUGAUGAUGCCAUCCUUCGAGGGGUGAAUUAUGCAUCCGGAGGCGGCGGCAUUCUCAAUGAAACUGGCAUCUAUUUUAUACAGAAGAUGUCAUUUGAUGAUCAGAUUAAUAAUUUUAAGAAGACAAAGAAUGCAAUGAAGGUCAAGAUUGGGGAGGCGGCAGCCGAGACGCUCUGCAACAAUGCUAUCUACUUUGUGGGGAUGGGGAGCAACGACUAUGUCAACAAUUUCUUGCAGCCAUUCCUGCCCGACGCCCAGCAAUAUUCGCCUGACGAUUUCAUCGACUUGCUCACUGCUACUUUAAACCGACAACUCAUAAGGCUGUACAAUCUGGGAGCUCGAAAAGUGGUGUUUAAUGGCAUGGGCCCUUUAGGUUGCAUACCUUCACAGAGAGUGAAAUCUAAGAAAGGGGAAUGCCUUGAGCGUGUUAAUGAGUGGGCCAUGCAAUACAACUCCCAGGUGUCAACUCUGCUCCGUCGCCUCAACUCGCGCUUGCCUGCUGCCCGCUUCACAUUCGCCGAAACAUACCAUGCAGUCCUCGAUCUCAUUCAAAACCCAGGCAAAUAUGGAUUCAAGAUAUCGAACACUUCAUGUUGCAAUGUAGAUACAAGUGUGGGGGGUUUGUGCUUGCCCAACUCCAGUAUGUGCAACAAUCGCAGAGAAUAUGUGUUUUGGGAUGCAUUCCACCCCACCGAUGCUGCAAAUGUUGCGCUCGCCAAUGAACUCUUAUCAUAUCCUCCCUUCCAAAAGCUACUCCCCUCAAAAGCUCCAUCUCCUGCACCUUCCCCACACUAAUCCAGGACCAAUGGCUUGCCUUCCUAAGCCUUUUUCAUGUUAAUGUGUUCCCUCAUUUCCAUUCUUCUUCAGGGAGAAUUCUUGUCAUGAGACGGGGUGUUAAGAGGGAUAACUUCAAGUCUUUUUUAGUAUAAGUCAUAGCUAAAUUUGCAUAAAUGGAGAGGUUUG